GACUACAAAAGGGUCCUGUGAAAAGCAAACAGUGCGCUUUGACUGCGAGAUGCCAUCCAAUAACCUGAGGAGGAGCACAGAGUAAGAGAGGAAUACUACUGUACAUCUUUACUAGUUACUGUUGCAGUAGACCUUGAUAACCUAUUUGAUCAACAUCUCACUCACCAACAUCUGCUAACCACCUUCAGGCAGAGUUGCAGUAUGUCUCGGCAACAUGUUUCAGUGUUACUCUGCACCUUGAUUUUGGGUUCCCUCUCCAGAACAGGAGCUGAGAGUGAAGAAAGGUCUUUUGGUUUGGAUGAAGAUGAAAAGGGGAAUGAGGAGAAGCGCAUCAUGCCGUACUGGAACAUGUGGUCUUCAGAUUUCUAUGGCUGGAUGGAGGAGUUAAGAGCUCAGGCAGCAUAUGACACCUUACUGGACUUGGCAAGAACCUAUUGGGCUCACUUUCCCAUCGGCAGCUUUUUAGGUUAUGACUCCAUCCCUGAUCAGGUGGACCAAACGGAAAAGGAGACAAACAACUGACAAUGCCUGGCAAUGUGUUCUCUAACAGGACUCCCUUGAUGUUAUCAUACCUCAAAGCGUCUUGACAUUGGUCAGUUUGGACCAUUUCUAUUUGUUCAUUGCUUCAUGAUUAAAAUUGGCAAACUCAAUGAAUAGGCAAUGGUUAGUUUGAAUUUUGAAUCAUAAUCACGGUGUUCACAGGUCAUUAUACAGAUAUGUUUAGCAGGCUAAAGAUUCUCCAUAAAGGGGGGAAUUACUGUCUUUCAUAUGCAACAUUGAAAGGGUGGGAACCCACACCAGCAGGAUCUAAUGAAUUUAUGUAUGUCUGUAGCAAAUUGCUCUGAAUUAAUAUUCAGAGUUAAAAUUCAGAGCUUUAUCGAAAGAUUUACUGGAAAACUGUCUCAAAAGACAUAUGUUGUCAUAUAAGAAACCACUGUAUCCCUAAAACAAUAACUUUAUAGGACAGGGGUGUCCUGUCUUAUCUA